GGAACCUGUAUUACCGGAAAGAGUACGCUUUUGGCGAUGAUUUGCGUGGUGCACGGCGUUUCCCCAAAACCUCCAUGAAUUAGCGCAGGAAGUUCAAUUUUCACCCUCAAUGUGGCUCCAUAAGUAUAGCAAGAAAACGAAGUAAGAGGCGGUUCUUACAAAAAAAAGAAGAGAGUAAGGGGCUGUCAAAAAAAGGAAAAAAAAAACGGAGCAAAAGAGACAAGAAGACCAUCAUCUCGGCAUCUCCCCGGGCGCAAUGCUACAAUACUCCUUCGUCACCUUUGACCCCCACUGCCUUGCCUGCGCUUUUUUUUUAUAAAAGAGAAAGAUCGCUCACGCACAUCGCAGCUCCCCCAACACGACACCUCAAGAGAAGAAGCGGCAGACACAGCAGCGCAGCCGCAGCACCACCAAGGCCCGAGGCCGGAGUCGGCUACCGAUGGGGAACAGCAUUGGGGCCAAGCGCAAGGGCGCCAAGGUGAUGCAGCUGGACGGCACCUCGUUCCGCGUCAAGCCCCCGGCCGCGGCCGCCGACGUGCUGCGCGACCACCCGGGGUUCCAGCUGCUCGAGUCGGAGGAGGUCAAGCUGCUCGGGGCGCGCGCCCGGCCCCUCGCCCACGAUGCGCCGCUCCGCCGUGGGAAGCUCUACUUCCUCGUCGCGCUCCCGCGGCGCCCCAGCGGCGGCGGCAGGGCCGGGCCCCCGCGGCGCGCCUGGUCGGGGAACCUCCGCGUGGGCGCCCGCGAGCGGCUCGAGUCGCUCAUGCUCACCCGCCGCUCCACCUCCGACCUCUCCUCCUUCCAGGGCGGCGCGUCCGCAUCCGCGCCGACAUCCCCGCUCCCUGGCGGCAUCGGCAUCGGCAUCGGCAUCGGCGGCGGCGGCGGCGGCGGGGGCGGAACGCCCGUGCGGCUCAAGAUGCGGCUGCCCAAGGCGCAGGUGGAGAAGCUCAUGGGGGAGAGCCGCGACGCGGCCGAGGCGGCCGCCAAGAUCAUGGAGCUCUGCGCCGCGGUGGGCGACGGCGGCGCCCGGGUGACGCCCGAGAGGCCGCCCGGGAUCCUGCGGAGCCCGCGGUUCGCCAAGACGCCCGAGUGGGGCUCCGGGUUCAUGCUCCCGUCGCCGGCCUCUGGGGCGCCCAGGACGCCGCAGAGGUGGCCCACGCUCCCCCGCACCAAGGAGGAGAAGCGAGCAAGGUUUGUGGCGCUGCCGGAUGAACUGAUAGCAUGACUGAAACUAUUCCCCUUGACGGAGACGAGUUAAAGAACAUCCAUCCUACUGUCCCAGCCAUGCUUGCUGAUUGUCAGUGUCAGACCGGGAGAUAUUAAGUUUAAAUGUAUAUCUCCUCGCUGAGUCAGUCAUACUUGGAUCGUUUGCUCUCUCUUACAAAAACAAAACAAAAAAACUGUGGUCUGAAGACGAGAAGCCGCCGAAUGGCUUCCAAUUUCACCUUUGAUUUUCGCAUCCAAUUCGUAUGUUUCUGGAUUCUCUCUUCUCCCUUGCUCUUGUGUUGUGGCUAGCCAUUGUCUUUCUUUUUCAUCUUUCUUUUGGUGGUUUAUUAUUAGCAGCCCACCAUUUUCGUGUGCUCUGUGCAAGCCACACCUGUCUGGGUCAACUCUUGUGCAGCAAUGUGCAUGAAUUGAAAAGAUGCCAAGCUGCAGCUCCAGGUUCUCUGCAUUAUCCUCCAAUGCACCAUCGAUCUCAGUAUGAUGAUUCAGUAGGACGGAGGUGCUGGUUAAUAAUAAUGGACCGUUUGCGUUGAA